GCUUGUCUAUAAAGUUGUUGUUGAGGCGGCGGGACGCUAAGAUGGCGGCGGCGGCGGCAGCCGUGGCGGGGGCGGGGCGCGGCGGCGGCACGGAUUCCCGGCAGGAGCGGAGCCGGGCCCGGGGCUGGCCCGGUACCGAGCGCAGCGAAGGCCGAAGGAUGGAGCAAGGUGAAGAGCUGGAAGAGGAGGACUCUCCAGGCGGCCGUGAGGAUGGCUUCACCGCUGAGCACCUGGCUGCGGAGGCCAUGGCAGCUGACAUGGACCCCUGGUUGGUGUUCGACGCCCGCACCACGCCUGCCUCUGAGCUGGAUGCCUGGUUGGCCAAGUAUCCACCAUCCCAAGUUACGCGCUAUGGGGACCCUAACUCGCCCAACUCUGAGCCUGUGGGCUGGAUUGCAGCAUAUGGGCAGGGCUACGUCCCCAACUCGGGAGAUGUGCAGGGCCUACAGGCCGCCUGGGAGGCUCUGCAGACCAGCGGGCGGCCCAUCACGCCAGGUACCCUGCGCCAGCUGGCCAUCACCCACCACGUGCUCUCGGGAAAGUGGCUGAUGCAUCUGGCACCUGGCUUCAAGCUGGACCACGCCUGGGCUGGCAUUGCUCGGGCCGUGGUCGAGGGCCAGCUUCAGGUGGCCAAGGUGAGCCCACGGGCCAAGGAGGGUGGGCGCCAGGUCAUCUGUGUUUACACGGAUGACUUCACGGACCGCUUGGGUGUGCUGGAGGCGGAUGCAGCCAUCCGUGCAGCAGGCAUUAAGUGCCUGCUUACCUACAAGCCUGAUGUCUACACCUACCUGGGCAUCUACCGGGCCAACCGCUGGCACCUCUGCCCCACUCUCUAUGAGAGCCGUUUCCAGCUGGGGGGCACUGCUCGUGGCUCCCGUGUGCUGGACCGCGCCAACAAUGUGGAACUGACCUAGUGGGGCCAAGUUGGGGAGGCCAUCCUCUGUGCUCCCUGCUAGGGAUGGAUCCUCCCAUCCUCCUCCUAUUUAUCCCAAGGAGGCCAAGUCCCUCAGCUCCGAGGACUCCGUCACUUGGGAACUGCCUGCAUCUUUGAUCCCCUUGACCUUCCGCCCUCUGUUCAGGGCUGACUCAAGUCCCCACCAGCUGGAGGCUCUGGCUCCCUGGGGGCCGGAUGCCCAGCCUCUCUCUUCAAUGCCGUUGCCCUCUGCUAUCCAGAACCACAGGCUGGGUGCAGACACCUAAGGGGAGAGCCUUCCUUGGCCACCCUCGUCCCUAGCUGUACCUCCCUCUCCUGCAUCCUCCCCUUCUCUUCCUCACAAGAGAGAAAACUUAGUGCUACAUCCCCUCUCCUUGGAGCCUUCACGGUCCGGGGGACAGAGGCCCUGCAGGCCUGAGCAUGCCGUUUUGUUGGGGAUGGUGGUGAUUGUGCCCACUCAGCCCCUGGCAGAGAGGGGAUGUCAGGUCCAUGGACAGAGGGUCUGCCCCUCACAGCCUGCACCACCUUCCUCCUUUCUUUCACUACCUUGUCAUGUGCCUGCUCCUGGCAUUUCAAUAAAACCCAGCUUGGGUCUGUGUCUUGAGUGUUUUUUAAAA